AUGUCUCGGACUCAGGAGCGCGCGAAACGCAUGGCGUUGCUGAACGCGGGUCCACAGGUGCCAGCCGUGACUUCAAACGAGCAGCAUGGUCAACUCAUCCCGCUAAAAGGUGACCACUUCCUCCGACGCGACACAUACGACAUUCCAAUCGAAGAGAACGAAGAGUUUCCCAUUCGAUCACGGAACGUCGAAUCCGGCAAACCUCGCUCGACGAGAGAUAUUGAUCCGGAAGACUCACCACUAUCAGAAGAUGAGCUUGAAGCCGUCUAUGGCGGGAACGCAAGUCCAAUACGCUCAUCUCCCCAUCAGACACUACUGAGCGAGAAGAUUCACGAUCAGCAACAGCGGCGAUCGAGUGUCGCUGGCCGACCUAAGAGGAGACGAAUCUUACAGCCGGAUGCUCAGAAGCCUGCAGUACCCAGUGCACCGGUGCAGCCCGAGGCAGUGCCUUUCAAUGCACCAAUCAUCACGCAUGAUCAAGAUCGAGAAGGCUCCCCGUCAGACAAGAUCACUCCACGCCUGACGAGCGCGCCCAAGCACGCAGUCUCCAAGCGAACCAAUCUUCCGCGACCAAAGCCAAGUAGAGAAACAGCAACGGUGGUGCGGUCUCGCCGUGAAGCAGCCGCCCGGCGACUUCCGGUCAAUGAACUGUUGCUUGUGAGGUCUCCUUCCGAAGUAGGCUGCACACCUGAUCCACGCAGCACCGCCCCUGAUACAGAAGACCAAGACCCAAUCGAGAGCAGCUGUACUGGAGACACACCGAAUUAUCAUGGUAGAGGUAACAGGAGGUCUUCGCCGAUCAAGGCUCCUUUGACCUCACUCAGACGACGUAUCAAGAAGCCAAAGUCUUCUCACAAGUCGAUUGUGGCAUUGCAACGAAAGGCUCUCGCACGUGCGCCAUUUUUCAAGGCAACCAAGCAGAAGACGGUGACUGGAGACGGGUUCGAGAUAUCAGAGAUGAAAGUCACCCAUCCGAAGCCUGUCAUGAAGCGGCGCUGCGGUCGCCGAAAUUUAGCAAAUUUAGCAAUGGGCUUUUCCACCUUGACCCUCAAGCCAGGUCCUCUGCCCGAUGUUGAAUUCUUUCCAGACAUUGUGAAAGAAGAGGUUAAGGCAGAAUGUGCUGCAACUGUGUUAAUGGAAGACGAAACAGCUCACACUGGUGGGAGCGGCUUCCGCCAACAACAUUCUGCCGAGCCGGCACAGCAGCGCACAGUCACCUUUAGCGAUCGUGUGCUGGACGAGAUGAUGUUCCAACGACUGUCUUCGGUCACGGCGCCCAAACGCGUCUACUCCAUAUCCUCGGACGAGAGUGAGGGCGAGGACUACGGGCACGACGAUUGGAAUCAAUCCGAGACCGGAACGCAUGAAGGAGACAACCAGGGUAACGAAAGGCCUCGUACGGUCUCUGCCUCUCCUCGUCCUGCAACACCGGGGGCUCGGCGUGCGUUGGAUCAUUCUGCCCGAUCGAGUCAUUCGUUAACCCGAUCUCCCUCAACCCAAGCUCGUAGCACAGGCGUUCAGUUCGACUUUCGCAAAUCUUCAGCCACGUCGGCUGCUAGACCUUCAUUCGACAAGCGUCAUCUGAUUGAAGUCGACGAGAUGAUUAUGGACGACCCUGACACCGAUAUGAUCUUUCCGGUCCACGACCAUGGCAAUGAGGAGAUGCUCGAGCCAAAUGUGCACGUAGUGGAUCUUGUUGAUCGCAAUACGCCUUCGCUCUCGAAGCCUCGCGCACCACGCUCCAUAUUGCGCCGGAAAAGCUCUUUGCAGCAAGAGAGCAACACUCAUCCCGAGAACACUGCAGCAAAUACGCGGCGCAACAGCAUUCGAAUUGCCGAUGAGAGCCACUACUUCAACGUGCACUCGAACGACGAUGCUGAAGACGAGCAGCACUCUGAGGAAGAGCAAGAGCCUACACCUCGUAGACGCAACACCGAGAUAAACCUCGACGAAAGCCGCUACUUCAGCGAAGUAGCCGGUCGACUCCAGCAAGACGCCAGCAAGAAACCUCGCAUCAUCAAGCAGCGCUCCAGUGAAGCCAGACGAGCCAGCUGGCUCAGCCAGCAAGAAGUUCUGAUACCUGACAGCGAUACUGCCGUGCUCGAAUCGUCCACGGAUGUCCAGGAUGCUUCCCCUGGACCGCCUGACUACACAAAUUUCAGCAAGCAGAAUGUUCUGAUGCGGAAUGGCGAUACUACUUGGACUUCGUCGAACGUGCCAAGGAUGUACAAAGAUCUGAAGACACUGACGAGAUCAGUGAGUCAGGAGCAUGGUACGUUGAGUCAGUCGGUGCGGAGGAAGUCGAGUUUGUCGUUCCGUUCGCCUACAAAGGCGAAAUGAAAUGGCAUGGUAGCGCAGGAUAGCAUGGAGGAGG